AUGAUUCAGGCUGUGGUGAAGUUUUCCAUCGUGCCCUUCUUGGUGCGAAUCUUUCCGUUGAUCUCGUUUCGAAGGCUUGCUCGCGCUCUCGCACUACUGAUUAUUCUACAGGCAUAG